CAACUCAGAAGAGGCAGACUACAGAGCUGAAUGGUCACACGUGGAAUUAACCCGGAGAACAAUUAUUAAUCUUUGUUAUUUAGCAAAAUGUAUACCUGUGCUGGAUUAUCUUAAUUCUAGCUCACUCAUCGUUGCAUUGGAAUACACGUGCAUCUUUGAAAAUUUGAAAUCAACAACAACCGUUUGGGGGCAGCAGUCAUCGUGACCUGAGCCUGCGCAUGAGUUGUCUGAAAGAUCAGCAAAUUAUGGCAGACAUCACUGCUGAUAAUGAGAAAUUGGUUCGACCAAAUGUGCAGUUACAAACACUGCUAAAACAGGCAGGUGCCGAUAAGGAGGUGUUCACAAUGAAAGAGGUGAUGUACUACCUGGGUAAGUACAUAGUGAGGAAGCAACUGUACGACCAGCAGCAGCAGCACAUCGUGCGCUGUGGAGGGGACGCUCUCGGAGCCGUGCUGGGAGUCCAAACGUUCUCCGUGAAAGAGCCACGAGUCCUGUUUGCAAUGAUUACAAAAAACCUAACUGCAGUAAAAACCCCAGCUACAACAGAAUCUCAACCUGCACUUUCUCAACAAGACAGCCAGAGUGAACCAGAAGUGGGCAGAUCAGAGGACUCAGACUCAAAUGCAACUACCUCAUCACGGAGAAGAAGACGAAGCAGUGACCCUGCGGGGUCGUCUACACAGGACGAACCACGCGAGCGAAGGAAGCGACACAAGUCAGACAGCCUCUCUCUGACUUUCGACGACAGUCUGUCCUGGUGUGUGAUUGGCGGUCUCCGUGGCAACAGAAGAAGCAGCGAGUCUUCGGACUCCCACAGUAACACUGAAGUAGGUAUAUCUGUUAGUGACGAGUCAGACGAGAGCCUCAGCGAAGACUCAGACUCCGACAACUUCAGCGUGGAGUUUGAGGUCGAGUCCAUCGACUCGGAUGCAUACAGCGAACACGACGAGGCAUCCGUGACGGGCGAGGAUGAGGUCUAUGAAGUCACCAUCUUUGGACCCGAGGAGGAAGACGAGUUUGAUGAGGACACAGAGAUCACUGAGGCUGACUAUUGGAAAUGCCCCAAAUGCGAUGAGCUUAACCCACCUCUGCCCCGUAACUGCAACCGCUGCUGGACACUGCGGAUUGAUUGGCUCCCUGAAACCAACAACACAGCCGCUGCCACACCUGCAAUCGACCCAGCCUCUGACGCCAAGCCCCUGCCCCCAAAACCCACCCCGACGGACUCCGAGGAGGGUCUGGACGUACCCGACGGCAAGCGCGCCCCACCUCGCUCACCCCCCACCAAAGAGGAUCCCUCGGUGACUGCACCGUUGCCAUCGUCCCUUCCAGACUCACAGAGCUCGGCCUGUUCCCAGCCGUCCACGUCCUCAGCAGCUAGCGGCAGCGUGCCCUCCAGCCAGGAGGAGGCGCCAGAGCUGGAGCGUUUCAACAGCCUGGAGGCCUUCCUGCCCGCCAGCUGCCUGGAGCCCUGUGUCAUCUGCCAGAGCCGGCCCAAGAACGGCUGCAUUGUGCACGGGCGCACUGGCCACCUCAUGGCCUGCUACACCUGCGCCAAGAAGCUCAAAAACCGCAACAAGCUGUGCCCGGUGUGCCGUGAGCCCAUCCAGUCAGUCGUGCUCACCUACGUCAGCUGAGGCCAACACACACACACACACACAUGUACACACACACAUGUACACACACACACACACACACACACACAUGUAC